AGCCAGAAACUAUAGGAAAGAGAAAGAGCCAUUUAACACCAAUGCAGAUGAACAUGAUUAGCUAGAAUCAAUGGGGCGGCCUAGGGACCAGGAAUGAGCCCCAAACUGCUCAAUCUGACAUCCACAUGCAACAUUUUCUCUUUAAAUGCACUGCUGGUUUCAACCUCCCAAAUUAAGGAAGUUGCUGGUCGAUUUGACAUUUCUUCAACUCCAUAGUGCUCUAUGCUGGACAUGGAUCUGGAAUCCUUCCUAGAAACCCUCUUCUGACUGUAUCCCCUCUAGAGCAGUGACCCCCAAACAGUGGCUCAUGAUCAACAUGUUACUCACCAACCCGUUGCCUGUUGCUCCCAGUGGCCUCAAAGGCUUUUCUCAGAACAAGAUCCCUGCCAGCCUGGAUGCAGUGGUUAUUGGCAGUGGAGUGGGUGGUUUGUCUGUGGCUGCUCUGCUGGCAAAAGCUGGAAAAAAGGUCCUCGUUUUGGAGCAGCAUGAGCAGGCUGGAGGGAGCUGCCAUACCUUCCAACAGCAUGGAUAUGAAUUUGAUGUUGGUAUUCACUAUGUGGGACAAAUGCAUGAAAAUGGAAUGCUGCGUAUUAUUAUGGACCAGUUGACAAAUGGGCAACUUCAGUGGAACCGACUGGCUGAUGAGUAUGAUUCCAUUAUGGUGGGAUCCAGGAGAUACACAAUAAGCGCAGGCAAAAGAGAAUUUCCUGAAAGGCUGAAGAAGCAGUUUCCUGGGGAAGAGGAAGCCAUCGAUAAGUUUGUGGCCUUAAUGAAAAAGGUUGCACGGCAUGUUGCACUCUUAGGGGCUCUGAAGAUAUUCCCUCAAUGGCUGUCACUGUUCCUGCUGCGCACUCGGAUCCUGCACAUCUUCUCCCCGAUCUUCUGGCUCUCAGAGUCCAGUCACCAAGAUGUGUUGAAUAAACUGACCAGCAACAAAGAUCUACAGACUGUCUUCAGCUAUGUAUUCUAUGGUGUUCCUCCCAGUGAUUCCAGCUUUAUGAUCAACUCUCUCCUCAUGCAUCACUACAAGAGAGGGGCAUGGUACCCUCGAGGGGGCAGCAGUGAGAUCGCCUUCCACAUGAUCAAUGUCAUUGAGCGUGCUGGGGGUAAAGUGCUUGUCAAGGCCCCUGUGACACGUAUCCUGUUGAGUAAUGGCAGGGCUACAGGGGUGGCUGUGAAGAAAUCAGGGCAGGAGAUUCAUGUUUCUGCCCCCAUCAUUAUAUCAGAUGCCGGUCUCUUCAAUACUUAUGAACGUCUCCUUCCUCAAGAGAUCAAACAGAAACCAGAAGUUGCCUCCAUUCUCUCCAGCCUGCAGUAUGGCAUGGGUUGCUUCUUGGUUUUUGUUGGUCUCCGUGGGACAAGUGAAGAGUUGGGCUUGAAAUCCAUCAACUACUGGAUGUUCCAAGAUGCUGACAUCAACAGCCUGAUGGGCCAAUACUCUUCUUCAACAUUUGACGAGUUCUGUGAGAAUGUGCCACUAAUGUUUAUAACCUCCCCCUCUGCCAAGGAUCCAACAUAUAAUCUGAGGCACCCUGGUCGUUCCUGUCUGACCCUUCUGACUAUGGCUCCGUAUCACUGGUUCUCAGACUGGAAGGAACAUCAGCCUCGGCACCGCGGUGAUGACUACUACAGCAUGAAGAUGAAACUGGCACAAAUGAUGGUAGAAAGAGCACUAAAGGAAUAUCCACAGCUCGAAGACAAGGUUGAAUACAUGGAAGCUGCAACUCCACUAAGUAACGAGUAUUACCUGAGAGCACCAAAAGGAUCAAUGUAUGGGGCAGAACAAAACUGCAGUCGAUACCAGAGUGAUAUUAUUGUCAAGAUGCGGGCGCAGACAGCGGUGCCAGGGCUUUACCUGACAGGGCAGGACGUGUUUAGCAGUGGUCUGGCGGGAGCAAUACAUGGGGGGCUACUUUGUGCCUGUGCUGUUCUCAACAGGAUUCUGUAUCUGGAUUUAAUCAUCAUGAAGAAGAGACUUAAAAGGCAAUGGAGAAAGAAAAGAGAUUGAUACACAGGCUCACACGCAAACCUAUCCCAGCAUGUGCUUAUGUGUGGCCCCAGCAGCGCACAGGCAGUGGUGCAUAAAUGGAAAUAAAAAUGCACAGCAACAGUGUCGACCCCACUUUGGUUUUCCAAUUUGUAGAAUUAAAGGUUUCCCAAAAGGAGUCAUUCCAACACAUUUCGCACUAAAUUUCCCAGCAUCCCCAAGGAAA